AUGGCGACCUCUAUUAUCAGUCGUGGCUCGGACACGCUAGAUGUUUUUGCUCGUCGCUCAACCCCAAAGAUCGAAAUUAAUCUCCAAGGACAGAAGCCUGGUCUGGUCAAUUCUUACACAACCGGAGAUUAUAUCGAAGGCACCGCCAACAUUACUGUUGACCAGGAGACGCGUUUCGAUGAGAUUGAAAUCAUUCUGCAAGGAACAUCCCAUACAACAGUAGAGCGAGCCGCAUGCCCUGGUCGUACAGGUUCGCAACAGAUGUUCCUCAAGCUUCGUCAACCGAUUGAAGAUGCAGAAUACCCAACCCCACGAAUCAUGGAAGCUGGCCACACAUACUCCUUCUCCUUUACAUUCGUCGUACCGAAUCAUUUGCUUCCACAAGUAUGCUCGCAUACAAAGCAGAAUGAUCACAUCCACCGAUCCCACACAAUGCUCCCACCAACCUUGGGAGACCCAAUGGCAGUGAGCGAUGCAAAGACCCUCAUAAAUGACAUGUCCCCGGAGAUGAGCCAAAUUUCAUACAUUGUCAGUGUCUCGGUAUUAAAGAGGGCACCUCACCACAGCUCGAAGACAUUGGCAAACGUAGCCAAAAAAGUUCGCAUCAUUCCUAUCGUGGAGGAAGAACCCCCUCUCAACACGGUGGAUCAUACCAGCUAUUGCACUCGCAAGGAAAAGACCGUGAAACGGGGGUUCCUGCGAGGAAAGCAGGGUCAGCUGGUUGCUUCGGGCUUACAACCCAAGCCGAUCGCAUUACUUCCUCCAAGCUGCGAGACACAUGAUACGGUCAGCACAGUGGCAAAGGUGCAGCUGAGAUUUGAUCCAGUGGGAGAUGAACAACCUCCACGACUAGGUUCGAUGACUACCAAGAUCAGAGCCAGCACAUUCUACAGCGCCAACCCCUGGGAAGACUUUCCCUGUCAAUCAGGUACAUCUGUGUCGCAGGUCGGCCAGGGUCUGUAUACCGACUCUAUCCCUCUAUCAAACAUGUGCGUGGCUUCAGCAAAGUGGGAAAAACACUCCAUCCAUGAUCGUCGUGAUUCAGUGAACUCGACCUCCUCGACCUCCUCGGACUCUUCCGAUGACUCAACUGGCCCCUCUGCAUCCUUCACUGGUGAUACCUUCUACACUGCCUCCCUGGUAAUUCCAGUAUCGCUCCCAAAAUCAAAGACAUUCGUGCCCACUUUCCACUCUUGUCUGAUGUCUCGCACCUACUCGCUCGAUUGGUCUUUGUCUUAUCACACCCCAGGAGCCAACGUUAUGACCCCAUCUAUCUCCCUUCGACUCCCAAUUCAAGUGACCACGCAGCCUAGAUUCGCCGAACCAACCAAGUCAGAUCUAGGUCUCGUUGUUACACAGGAAGAACUAAAUGAAUUCUUCCACCCACGAUCUACAAGCCCACGAUCUCUGGGCUUAGCUUCUACAGACUCGACUGUGGAUUUAACGGCUCCGCCUGAAUAUUCAGAAGCCAUGUCUCGACCACGCCGGCGCAGGGUUCCAGCCACCCAGUAA